GAGCAGGUGGCAUCCGUGGACAACGGCUGGAAUCUGCAUGCGGCACCACAGGUCACCGCAGGACAACGGGGAGACGAGAUCGUUUGGGUCGACGAAGAGGUGGCCGUGUUGCGCUACCAAGCCCCGGCAGUGGGGCGUGCUGUGGAACAGCUCAAGGCGCUUGCUGCAGCUUUGAACCCGGCGAUGUCCGAACGCCAUCGGAAGCUGGCGGCGGCGGGAGACGGAGCGCACACGCUCCAGCCAAAAGCCCCAGCUUCGGAGGAUGCAGUUCUGACGGUGUCCCCGCGGGCGCAACUGGCAAGCUACCGCGGUGAGACGGGCUACGUUUGCCACCAGGACAACCGCUUCAGGCCAAGCCACGGCACCCGUCUCAACAGCCGGGAGCUCACCGCCAUUUUGUACGCCAACAAAAACUGGCGCCCAGAAGAAGGUGGCGCUUUGCGGAUUUUUCCGCACUCGGAGUCGCUGGAAGCCGCGCCGGGCGAUGAGCACCCCGCAGUGGAAAUCACACCGGCCGCCGGAACUCUGGUGGUCUUCUGUUCCGAGCUCUGGCAUGAAGUCCAGCCCGCGCAUCGUCCCCGCCGCGCGCUGACCCUCUGGAUUCUGCGCCCGGAAGAGGAGGAGAGUUGGAUGCCCGGCGUGUUUUGAGCCAACAACACGAGCCCAACGGCCCGAAGAGUCGCCGCCGGCUCGUCGGCACCAGAACGACGGCGAAGCAGCCUCGACCCGAAGAGAGGUGCACGGAGGUGAGUUAGCCGCGGCCAAGCAGCUCCAGGUGUUCGUCGCAGACAGGUAGGCACUGCUGUCAACAGCCGGAGGUUUGGAACUUCCACCAGCAAGCCAGUUAGCAGCCAGUUCCUCAUGCGAGUUGGGC